AUGAAGCCGACGGGAGCCGAUGGGAAGGGGAAGCGGGAAGCGACAGCUGCCCCGUUCGAGUUCUGCAAGGUCUGCAACCUCAACCACAACCAGGGUCGGAGGCAUAGGUACUUCCCCAACCACGUUAAGGCUCUUUCUCGGUUUCUCUCCCGGUUCCAAGACAAGCUCUCCGAGCUCCGGUUCUUCUUGAAGAACCCUUCCCCCCUUCGCCCCGAUCACGCUGCGCUGAACCGUCUCUGGUGCGUUUUCUGCGACACCGAAGUUGUCGAGCUCGAGAGUUCCUUCGUCUGGUAAGGCCGUGCGACCCUACCUCCUCCAGAGAAAAUUUCUCUGUCAUCCGUACCAUCUUUCCUCUUGUUUCUCUUGCAGCUGCAAUGCCAUCUACCACCUCGCAAGCUCCGAACAUUUAAAGAAACUGAAAAACUUCUUAUGGAAAUAUGGCGGAGGGAUGGAUCGUGUCUCCUCCUUCAUUAUUUCCGAAGUGGAUCUCCUUAAGGUAUGAAUUGCGUUUUUCAUUUUCUCAAAUGACUGGUUCAGAUAUAAUCCUUUUUUUUUUCUAGGGAACCUAGGAGUUUGUGGAAGCUCUGUUUUUCUCCGUCAUCUCAUAAAAAAGCUUGUGAAAAUAUGCUGCCUAUUCCCGUUCCCCUACACUUUGUUUAGUAUUGGAAUCUUGAUCCGUUCGAUGAUGCGAGUAUGCUAUUUUAAUGCAGUGGGAGAAGAAAUGUGAAGCAUCUAAAAUUGCGCAUCCGAUCCUGUGCGACGUCAGUAUUGGUGGACCAAUGUCAUCAAAAGAUAUCCACAAUGACUUUAGCUGUAAAAAUAAGAAUACUUCUGUAGACAAUUCAGUCCUGUCUUUUGAACAGACAAUUUCUCCUGGUGUUCCACCUUUACAAAGUGAUACAAUUGAUGUUAAGACGAGGCUUCUCGUCAAUGAUGUCGAGGUCCCUGCUUGUUCGUCUUCAAACAGUGUUCUGGUAAGCUUGUCUAUGCCCAUCGUGUAUGAUGAUUCUUGAUUUGAAUUUGGAUCAUUUGUUUCCUGGAAACCGUGUGAUGUGUUUUCUUUUUGGGAAAUCAUGGGAUAUGCACUUAAAAAAAUGUACCAUGUUGGGGUUAUUUGGUUAUAGUUUGAGAAUCGAUUGUGUCUAACUUUGUGAUGAUUUAUCUGUGUCUACAUCAGGAACAAAGGAGAGGUCUUGGAAGUGAAUGCCCUACUGGUAUUUAUUGAUACUUCUUUGAUUUGAUUUAUUUGAUACAACUCUAAUUUACCUAGGAGUCUCUUCAGAGACGUCGGAUUAAAGUAGAUUUUCACUCUCCUUUCCUGGAAUUAUGUUAGGGAUAUAUUUUUUUGUCACUAUUGAGUGGUGCAGCAUCGGCCUGCUUCCUAUUUACUAUGAAGUUUUUGCCGGUAACAGUGUAGAUUUACAUUUUAUCUUAUUUCUACUUCUGAAGGCCACGAAGCAUAUGUGGGUCGCGAUAUGCAUCCGCCCUGGUUAGAAGACAAUGAGAAUGUUGAUUUGAUUCCUGGAGAUAAAAAGGUAUUGAGUCUGAAUACUUCAGUUAAGGGAGGGGCUUCACGGAAGUUGAAUCCUAAACGAGUUGGAGCAGCAUGGGCAGAAAAGAGAAGAGUGGAACUUGAGAUGGAGAAGAGCGGGCAGAUGGUCGCUUCUGAUUAUGAUGAUAACUGGCUCCCCAAUUUUGGUAGAGUUUGGCAGGAUGGGACAAGGAAGGAUUCUAGAAAAGAGUUUGAAAGGGAGAAAUAUCAAUCCUGUGAUGCUGAUCUUGAAGUGUCUAUCAAGUUACAGCCAUACAUAAGUAAAAGAAUGGUAAAUCACUACCUCUAAUAAUUGACUGAUUUUUAAAUCUGGCACAGAAAGACGUUGCUUAGAUUUUUUCUACAGCUGCUACUUAUUUUACAAUAUUUUCUUUGACUUGUAUAUCGCAUGAUUUAUUCUGACUUUUCAUUCAUACUUGUACCGUAUGCUAAUAGAUAUUUGACUCAUUGGUUUUUUUUUCCCCAAACGUAUUUGUUUAAGUUUAUUUCAAAUGGAUAACAAAAAAUGCCCUGUCUCUUAAUCCUGCGUCUUUUAUUACCCUUUUUAAAAAAUGUUGAAGCAUCAGCGGUCAGUGACUUAUCUUGUACUAUUCUCCAUUGCCAGUCAUAAUUAUAGAGGCAUAAUUGUACCCACUAUCUCACGCAUGAUUCUAUAAGUUCUAACGUGCAAUUAUUGCCAUUUCUGUCCUUGUGUGCUUUUAUUUUAUUUGUCCACCUGUUUUUUUUUUUUUUUCCUGUUCGUGCGUUUUAUUUUCUAUAUAACGAAGUUCUAGAUGUUUUUUUCCCAUGAUCAUUCUCCUAGAAAUAUAUUGCUUUAAUUGAAUUCCAGUUACAGAACUGGAAUUCAAUUAAAGCAAAUUCCUAAAUGGCUUUAAUUGAUCGUCUCUUCACUUUUUCCUUUUUUUUAUUUUUACUCUUAUUCUUUCUCUCUCUCUAGAAACGAAAUUCGAAAAGAGGGCAUCACCAUCGAGCAUGUGGUUUCCUCUUUGCAAACAAUUUUCAAUUUUUAUUACCUUUUUUUUUUUGGGCAGUAAUAACAUCUCGUGAUAUCUUUGUUGGCUAACAAAGAGAGGUGUGGGACAAUGUUCAGCGAUCGCCGUUGUUAGUAUGAAUCCACAAAAUACCAAUCAUGUUAUAUUAUAAAUCAGCAGGUGGGAUCAAUCUCAGUAAAGCUGAUGGUUCUUGCACAUAAUUCCAUUUUACUCUCAGCAUCAUGCUUUAUGUGCAUAAAUCCAUUAGCCUACCCUCGGCAUCUUUUCUGCAUUAUUUUUGCUACAUAUUUUUUAACAAAUGGGGUGGCUAUCUAUCGCAGAGACUGGAUUCGGGUGGGGAUACGGGAGAUGGUCACGUCUGACGUGUUUUCGGGGACACUGCGGUGCUUGCUUCGGGGCGAAGCUGAGAUCGGUUGCUUUCGGUGA